AUGUCAUCGAAAACAGUUAUUUUAGUUGGUGGACCUAGUAAGGGUACUAGAUUUCGUCCAUUAUCAUUAGACAUACCAAAAUUAUUAUUCCCAAUCGCAGGCAAACCAAUGAUUUAUCAUCAUAUUGAAGCAGCAGCUAAGGUACCAGAGAUGAAAGAAAUCAUUUUAAUUGGUUUCUUUAAGGAAACAGUAUUAAGAAAAUUUAUUGAAGAAACAUCAAAACAAUUAAAUAUUUCAAUUCGUUAUAUCAAUGAAGAUAAAGUUUUAGGAACAGCAGGCGGUCUUUUCAGUUUCCGUGAACAAAUUUUAGAAGGUUCACCAAAGAAUAUAUUUGUACUUCAUUCAGACAUUUGUUGUGCUUUCCCAUUAAAAGAUUUAUUGGAUUUCCACAACCAACAUGGCAGAAUUUGUACUAUUAUGGGCACUGAAAUCGAAUCAAAAUACGCAAAUCAAUAUGGUUGUUUAGUUCGUGAUGAAAAAACAGCAGAGUUACUCCAUUAUGCCGAAAAGCCAGAAACCUUUGUUUCAAAUUUAAUCAAUUGUGGUGUUUAUGUUUUUUCACCACAAUUUUUUGAUGUCAUGGGCAAAACUAUGGUUGAUUUAAGAACCUCUGGUCAAAAUAUAAAUACUGAUUACCCAGAAAUCACUAGAAAAGGUUUUGAUAGCGAACGUCUUAGAUUAGAACAGGAUAUUUUUGUACCACUUGCAGGUACUGGAACUAUUUCAGUAUUCCCAUAUAUUGGAUUUUGGAGACAAAUUAAAAAUGCUGGUGCAUCAGUUUAUUGUCAAGAACUCUACUUAAAUCACUAUGCAAAAACAAAACCAGAGGUUUUAAAAAAAGCCGAUAAUAUAAUUGGUAAUGUUAUUAUUGAUCCAACUGCAUCUGUUGACCCAACCGCUUUAAUUGGACCAGAUGUUUAUAUUGGACCAAAUGUUAAAAUUGGUAAAGGUGUUAGAAUUAUUCAUUCAAUUGUAUUGGAUCAAACAGAAAUUAAAGAUCAUGCAUGUGUUAUUUAUAGUAUUAUUGGUUGGCAAAGUUUAGUUGGUGUUUGGGCUAGAAUCGAAGGCAUUCCAAAUUAUACCCCAUUCCUUUAUAGUCAAGAUAAAAGAAAAGGUGUUACCAUUUUUGGUUCAGGUGCUCAAGCUAAUGGUGAAAUUAUCGUUUCAAAUUGUAUUGUUAUGCCACAUAAACAAUUGGAUAGAAAUUAUAAUAACGAAAUUAUUUUAUAA